AUGCGAGGGAUUGGUAGGAUGGGUCCCGUGGGUGGUGGAUAUACCCCAAUUAGAACAAGCGUUGUGCCGCUGGGUGUCCCUGUAGCGGAGGGUGUGCAAACGGAGCCUGCUGUAACGCGUACGGCGGCUGGACAAGCUGGAGCAGGAGCUGAGCAGGAAUUACCCCCGAAUAAGAGGCUUGAAUUUGAUACUUGCCCUCUAUCUGUUGAAAGACCGGCAAUCGGUGCUUCUUCUGCACGUGGUGCUGAUGCAACUGGCGGGGAUGACGAGGAGAGAGGAGCCGAGGAGCGGAGAUUUGGACGGGAAAGGAGAGAGGGAGUAGAGGAGGAGAGGGCGGGAAGGGGAGAGAGGAGAGAGGGAGGAGGGGAGGAGAGGGGGGGAGGAGGAGAAGCACGAGGAGCAAGGAGAAGACGAGAGGACAGCGAAGAACCCCCGAGUAACACGGACAAGAGGCUUCGAGGCGCUGUCACUGCACCUCAGGCACAGGAUGUUAAUCCAGACUUAAAUCCAGAUCUGAACACGGCUUUAAACCCUGAUCUAAACGCUGACGCGCACUGCCAUCUGACCGCCCUUUCGCUCUCCACUGCCCCUCUCUCGCCCCAGUACCCUCCCGCUCCUCCGCGCCGAGCCGCCACCAGGAUCGGGCAGCUCAUGCUCAUCCGAGCCUGCCACAGCGAGCAGCUUCGGCGGUUCAGCCUCGGCACAGCCCUGGGGCUGCGGACCAGGAACGGGAUUCUCACGGACCUGCCUGCAAUAAUCGUUUUUGUGCCUCGGAAGGUUCAUGAGCAGUGGCUGCUGCCUUCCCAGGUGCUUCCUAGCAAGCUCCAAGGUCCAGAUGGGUAUGAGUGUGAUGUGGAUAUAGUAGAGUUUUCCUAUUACGGUGGGCAUGGGGGAGGAGGGGGUCCAACGCAGCAGCCGCAGCUAAUUAGUAACGAGUUAGUGGAGAGAUUAAGAGGCAGUGGUUCUAGGAUCGGCCCGGGCUCGCAAAUUGCGAGUGAGGAGAUGUAUGGGACUCUAGGAGCGAUAGUUAGGAGCCUGACUGAGCCACGUGGAUUAGGGUUUCUGACUAACAGACACGAUUUUGACCAGCCGAAGCAGAAAAUGUUCCACCCGCUGCCGUCUUCUCUAGGUCCGGGGAAGUACCUAGGCUCGGUGGACCGAGCCUCGUCGUUUGCCUCGGACCACCUCUGGUACGGCGUGUUUGCAGGGCAGAGCCCGGAAACUUUUGUUCGGGCAGAUGGGGCGUUUAUUCCGUUCCAUGAGGAGUUUGACGUGGGUCUGCUGACCACGUGGCUGGAGGGGAUUGGUCGGAUUGGCAAGCCUCACGAGAUCAGAUUGCAGGACGAGAUUUUCAGUGUGGCAGGGCAACACGUGUGCAAGGUGGGUGGCACGUGUGCAAGGCAAGGUGGGUGUCACGUGUGCAAGGUGGGUGGCACGUGUGCAAGGUGGGCGGCAGAGGAGGGGUUUUGGGUAUAUGUGCACAGUGGGCGGCAGAGGAGGGGUUUUGGGUAUAUGUGCACGGUGGUACGACUCCUUUCCCCUUCUCUCUCCCCCUCCUCCCUCCCUUUGUCUUCCCAGGCGGGCAGCAGUCCGGGGUUGCGAUGGCAUAGGCAGUGGAGAAGUGAGGGCAGGAUGCCCUUUCCCACUCCUCUCCUCCUCCCCCAUCUCCCUCCCCUCUUCCACCACCUCCUUUCUUCGUGCGUCUCUCUCCAAGUUCCAACCCCCCAUCUCCUCUCUUCCCAGGCCAAGUGGGCAGCAGCUCGGGGCUGUGAUGACAAGGGCAACACCCUCUUCACAGACCUCUUAGUAGUGGGGGAGGAUGGGCUCGCCCUCCUCUCCCCUCGUCUCCUCCCCCUCUCCUCCCAGGUGGGCAGCAACUCAGGGCUAACGCGCGGCACGGUGAUGGCGUAUGCAGUGGAGUACAACGACGACAAGGGCAACACGCUUACCCCUCCUUUGACGUCCCCGUCCUCCCCUCUCAGCCCCUCUCCCUCCUCUACUCCCAUCUCCGUCCUUCCUCCUCCCUCCUCUCCCCUCCCUCCUCUCCCUCUCCCUCUUUUUCUCUCCUUCCUCCCAGGUGGGCAGCAGCUCCGGCCUCACAAGGGGCACGGUGAUGGCAUAUGCAGUGGAGUGGGAAGCAGCUCGGGCUUAACGCGAGGCACGGUGAUGGCGUAUGCAGUGGAGUACAACGAUGACAAGGGCAACACGCUCUUCACGGACCUCCUGGUGGGCAGCAGUUCAGGAUUAACAAGGGGCACGGUGAUGGCGUAUGCAGUGGAGUACAACGAUGACAAGGGCAACACGCUCUUCACGGACCUCCUGGUCGUGGGGGAGGAUGGGCUGCCCUUUGAUGUCGAAGGGGACUCUGGCAGCCUCAUUCUCAUGCACGCCCCUGUCCCUGCUGCAAUUCACACGCCUGUCCCUGCUGCUAUGCACGCCCCUGGCAUGCUCCCAUGCAUGCUGCAGGGCAUGCUCCCAUGCAUGCUGCAGGGCAUGCUCCCAUGCAUGCUGCAGGGCAUGCUCCCAUGCAUGCUGCAGGGCAUGCUCCCAUGCAUGCUGCAGGGCAUGCUCCCAUGCAUGCUGCAGGGCAUGCUCCCAUGCAUGCUGCAGGGCAUGCUCCCAUGCAUGCUGCAGGGCAUGCUCCCAUGCAUGCUGCAGGGCAUGCUCCCAUGCAUGCUGCAGGGCAUGCUCCCAUGCAUGCUGCAGGGCAUGCUCCCAUGCAUGCUGCAGGGCAUGCUCCCAUGCAUGCUGCAGGGCAUGCUCCCAUGCAUGCUGCAGGGCAUGCUCCCAUGCAUGCUGCAGGGCAUGCUCCCAUGCAUGCUGCAGGGCAUGCUCCCAUGCAUGCUGCAGGGCAUGCUCCCAUGCAUGCUGCAGGGCAUGCUCCCAUGCAUGCUGCAGGGCAUGCUCCCAUGCAUGCUGCAGGGCAUGCUCCCAUGCAUGCUGCAGGGCAUGCUCCCAUGCAUGCUGCAGGGCAUGCUCCCAUGCAUGCUGCAGGGCAUGCUCCCAUGCAUGCUGCAGGGCAUGCUCCCAUGCAUGCUGCAGGGCAUGCUCCCAUGCAUGCUGCAGGGCAUGCUCCCAUGCAUGCUGCAGGGCAUGCUCCCAUGCAUGCUGCAGGGCAUGCUCCCAUGCAUGCUGCAGGGCAUGCUCCCAUGCAUGCUGCAGGGCAUGCUCCCAUGCAUGCUGCAGGGCAUGCUCCCAUGCAUGCUGCAGGGCAUGCUCCCAUGCAUGCUGCAGGGCAUGCUCCCAUGCAUGCUGCAGGGCAUGCUCCCAUGCAUGCUGCAGGGCAUGCUCCCAUGCAUGCUGCAGGGCAUGCUCCCAUGCAUGCUGCAGGGCAUGCUCCCAUGCAUGCUGCAGGGCAUGCUCCCAUGCAUGCUGCAGGGCAUGCUCCCAUGCAUGCUGCAAGGCAUGAGGGCGCACAUGCCCCCAUGCAUGCGCCCAUGCAUGCUCCUACGCAUGCUUCAGCAGCGCAUGCUCUCGCGAAUGCUCCCAUGCAUGCUUCAGAGCAUGCUCCCACGCAUUCUUCAGGGCAUGAGGGCGCACAUGCGGCCCUGCAUGGCUUCAUGCAGCAUGGAAUGGAAUUCCAGGAGCAGUUGA